CGUCAGGCCCCGCCCACCGGAGGCUGCAGGAACGCUCUGCGCGCGCCUUUUGGGAGGCGGGGCUGGAUGGGUUCGCUGCGGUGAGGCCGCAGGGUGUCGGCUUCCGCUCUCCCUCUGCUUUCAACCCCCACGGCUCUGGCUGAAGCCUCUGCCUGUGGCCGGAAUCCCAGACCCUGCUAAACAUUUACCAUUUUGGAGUGUAAAGUAUGUCAUCAUGGCAAAGUUUCGAAGAAGGACUUGCAUCAUUUUGUCACUUUUUAUUCUAUUUAUUUUCUCCCUAAUGAUGGGUUUAAAAAUGCUGAGACCAAAUAAAGCUACUUUUGGAGAUCCUUUCGGACUUGAACUUCUUCCACUACUUCAUCAACAAACUCGCUUAGGGAAAAGCUUCGAUUCCCAAAACAAUGACAAAAUCAACCGUGAAACAAGUAACAAGAAUUUAAAAAGUGUUGAAAUCACUAUGAAACCUUCCAAAGCCUCUGAACCUUACCUGGAAGAGCUACAACCUCUGAAUUAUUAUUUACAUGUAUUUUAUUAUAGCUGGUAUGGAAAUCCACAAUUUGAUGGUAAAUAUAUACAUUGGAACCAUCCAGUCCUGAAGCAUUGGGACCCUAGAUUAACCAAGAAUUAUCCACAAGGGAAGCACAGUCCCCCGGAUGACAUUGGCUCCAGCUUUUACCCUGAGUUGGGAAUUUACAGCUCUCGGGAUCCUUCUGUCAUUGAAACUCACAUGAAACAAAUGUACUCAGCUUCAAUUGGUGUACUAGCCCUAUCAUGGUACCCACCUGGUACAAAUGAUGAGAAUGGAGAAAAUACUGAUGACUUGGUACCAACUAUUUUGGAUAAAGCUCAUAAAUAUAAUUUGAAGGUCACUUUUCACAUUGAACCAUACAGCAAUCGAGAUGAUCAAAACAUGUACAAAAAUGUCAAAUAUAUUAUAGACAAAUAUGGAAAUCAUCCAGCCUUUUAUAGGUACAAGACUAAGACUGGCAAUGCUCUUCCUAUGUUUUAUAUCUAUGAUUCCUAUAUCACAAAGCCUGAAAAAUGGGCCAAUUUGUUAACCAUCACAGGGUCUCGGAGCGUCCGCAAUUCUCCUUAUGAUGGACUGUUUAUUGCACUUCUAGUAGAAAGCAAACAUAGAUAUGAUAUUCUUCAAGGAGGUUUUGAUGGAAUUUACACAUAUUUUGCCACAAAUGGCUUUACUUAUGGCUCAUCGUAUGAGAACUGGGCGAGGCUAAAAUUUUUCUGUGACCAGUUCAACCUACUGUUUAUCCCAAGUGUGGGCCCAGGAUAUAUAGAUACCAGCAUCCGCCCAUGGAACGCUCAAAACACUCGGAACCGAAUCAGCGGGAAGUACUAUGAAACUGCUCUGGGGGCUGCACUCCAUGCUCACCCCAGUGUGAUUUCUAUCACCUCUUUCAAUGAGUGGCAUGAAGGAACUCAGAUUGAAAAAGCCAUUCCCAAAAGAACCAGUAAUACCGUGUACCUGGAUUACCGGCCUCAUAAACCAAGUCUUUAUCUAGAACUGACUCGCAAGUGGUCUGAAAAAUACAGUAAGGAAAGAGCAACUUAUGCAUCAGAUCAGAAGCUGCCUCUUUCUUAAUGCAUUAAGUACCUUUUGUUUUAAGUGUGUACUGAUUGGCAGUUAUCCCCAUAAUAAAAAGAAUUUGCACUUUU